ACCAUUCGUUGGUGAUCGACUGAUACAUAUUGAGUGAAUCCUUCGCCAUAGUAUGCUUCAAAAACGCCUUCUCUUGGGAUUUUAACGGCGUUGUUCAGAGUCAUAAUGACGAACUGCUGUGGUCUCGUGACUGAACAAAAACUGCCAGUACCUCUGAAGAGCAUCAUAGUUGAGGUGCAGGUGAAGGGUCAUGUAGCCGCAGUCACCUCCACUCUGCAGUAUGUGAAUGAGGAAGAGCACCACCUGGAGGCCUUGUUUGUGUUUCCUCUGCCUGCUGAUGCUGCUGUCUGUCACUUCAGUGCCAAGAUCGGAGAUCAGGAGAUUGUGGCAGAGGUGCAAGAAAGACAAACUGCGAGGGAUCAGUAUGAUGAUGCGGUGAGUUCGGGUCAGAAGGCGUUUCUGUUGGAAGAGAGUGAAGAAAGUUCUGAUGUGUUCAGACUGAGUGUUGGGUGUCUGUCACCGGGUCAGAACGCUGACAUCACCAUCACAUACAUUACUGAGCUCUCUGUACAGGCCGACCACUCGCUGCGCUUCUGUCUGCCUGCUGUACUCAACCCCAGAUACACACCAGCAGGUUCAGCUGCUGGAAUAGUUUCAGAGAUUUCUUCAGUAUGUGAUGCUGUUCCCUACACUUUGACUCUUAGUGUUCAUGUGAGCUCUUCAAACCCCAUCUCCAAACUAGAGUCCAACUGUACUUUGGAUCCUAUUGAGUUCCUUAACUCUGAUCACACUCAGGCAACGGUGAAUCUGAGGUCUGGUCACAAGUUUGAUAAAGAUGUUGAGUUGUUUCUGUACUAUCAGAAUACCCAUCAGCCCACUUCUAUAGUGGAGGCAGGAGUGACCACAGCAAAACCAGGUUCUCUGAUGAGUGACCCAGUGGUGAUGAUAAGUUUAUACCCAGAAUUCCCAGAGGAAGUGAUGUCAUCAGUAGCAACUCAAGGCGAGUUUGUUUUUGUGGUUGACAGAUCAGGCAGUAUGGACUGUAUGAUGCAUCAUGGGAAAGGAGCACAGAUGCGUAUAGAAAGCGCAAAGGAAACUCUGCUGUUACUGUUGAAGAGUUUGCCGAUGGGCUGUUACUUCAAUAUCUAUGGAUUUGGCUCUAAUUUUGAGUCCUUCUUCCCUCAAAGUGUUGUGUACAAUCAAAACACAAUGGAUCAGGCACUUAAGAAAGUCAAUGAAAUGACAGCAGACAUGGGCGGCACAGAGAUUUUACAACCUCUGGAACACAUCUACAGUCAACCCUGCUACCCUGAACACCCCAGACAGCUGUUUGUCUUCACUGAUGGAGAGGUGGGAAACAAUAAAGAGGUUCUGGAUCUUGUGAGACACCAUGCUCACUCUCACAGGUGUUUCUCUUUCGGGAUUGGUGAGGGUGCAAGUACCGCCCUCAUCACAGGAAUGGCCAAAGAGGGAUUCGGACACGCCCAGUUCAUCACAGGCACAGACCGCAUGCAACCCAAAGUGAUGGAGUCUCUCAGGUUUGCUCUUCAGCCUGCAGUGAACAACAUCUCAGUACAGUGGAAAGUACCAGAUGGUAUUACUGUGGACACGCUGUCUCCACCCAUCAAUGCUAUCUUCCAGGGUCAAAGGUCACUCAUUUAUGCCCAACUUAAAGGACAGAGUUCAGAAAGCCCUGAAGGAUCAGUGAUAGUUCAAUACAACCUGAAAGAUCAACCCGUGACAAACCAGCUUCACUUCUGCCUUAAACCAACCGAGGACACUGGGUUGUCCAUCCACCGCCUGGCAGCCCGAUCUCUGAUUCGCAGUCUGGUGCAGGAGGAGAGGACAGAAGGUGUAGAUGUGGAGGAUAUCAAGAGGAGGAUGGUGGAGAUCAGUGUUGAAGCAGGAGUGAACAGUGUUCAUACAGCCUUCAUUGCCAUUAAUAAAGACAAUAGAGAGGCUGUGAAAGGACCUCUGAUACAGAGAAGAGUACCAACACAAGGAGUAUAUCUGCAAAGUUGUUGCUUGGUUGAAGAUUCAUAUGUGCUUUCAAGUUUCACAAUGGCUUUUGAUUGUUCAAACUAUUACUCUCUCACUGAAUGUGAUGGGAUCCAAUCAGACGGUGCUUGGGAAGAACAGGACUCAUGGGUGUGUGCAUCUCGUACUGCUGCCGUGGAUUUUAAAAAAAAGUCUGUACGAAAACAAAACACUGGAAUUAUGACAAAGGUCAAGAAUUUAUUUCGCCGUAAUUCUAAACACAAGGCUCCACAACCUGAACAGGCAAGAUUUCAAAGCGAACAAGAGGCAGAAUCUGAUCUCCAGGAGGAUCUUUUACUUCAGCUGAUUUCUCUUCAAAAGGCUUCAGGCUGCUGGGAACUGAACUCUGCUCUGGCCCAAGUGUUUGGAAAGACUGAAGAUGAGCUGACCAGUAAGAAACCAGCACAGGUGGAUGGGUCAGUGUGGGCCACUGUGCUGUCUCUCAUCUGGUUAUACGGCUGUAAAACAGAGCAACAGAUUGAGUGGCAGUUUGUGGCCAUGAAGGCAGCGUCAUGGAUCGGCACUCAGAACGUGGUCAGUCUGUCUCAGUGUGUGUGUGAUGGUAAUGAUCUACUGGGAUGUCAAGUGAAAGAAGAGACUUUGGGAAUCUAAAGACUUCAAGUUUUUAUUUCAUCCACUAUGAAAACAUUAAAGACUGUUACUGCACUUGAAUUACAUUAUUGUAACUGUAGCUCAAUAGGUAAUAGGCAUUGCAUUAGCAGCGCAAAGGGUAAUAUUUAAGCAUGCAAAGAAACCUGCAAAAUCAGCUAAACCGAAAGUGUUUUUUUUUUUUCUUUGCAAAUUGGUAAAUUACUCGCACAAGAAAAAGUUAAUGACAAUUCAAACCUUGCACUAAAGUAAGAAAAAUGAUAAAAGAUCAAUAUAAAUAACAAAAUGAGUUUCUGAGUAAUAUAUGUUUUUUUUUUGUUGUUGUUGUUUGUUUAUGACUAUUCAUAAAGUAUUGAUGACUAUUCAAAAGUAUUGAUUACUAUCAGCAAAACUAUGGUUUUACUACACUAACAAUGGUGUAACUAUGGUUUUUGAAAGCCAUGGUUGUCUAAAACCAUUGUUAAUUUCUGGUUACCACGGCUUUUUUUUUAAAUGUAGUAAAACCAUGGUUAAUUUUCAUAAGGGAGGGCUGAUCCUGGUCCCAGUCUAAAAUGCUUGUUUGAGCUGCCUUAAUUUAAAAACGUCUUAUAGACGGUUUCAUCGGACGCACGUGCGCUGACGCGAUACACGUCUGGAUCCGAACAUUACUUCCCUUUCGUUUUUUUAAAUCGUCUGACUAGUUGCUAAAGUUAACUGAUCUCUUGAACAAAUGCUUCGUCGAAAAUAACAAAUGUUUUGGUUUCCUAUGUAAUCUGUGUUGUUGUUUUUUUGCUUGUUAUAUAAAUAAACUAUGUUUAAAGAA